AUGCUUCAUGAAACUACAAUAGUCACAUCUCGUUUAUCGGGUUUAAGUAAAUCACGAUUCAUUGAAAAAGAAAGUCAUCGAUUGAGUAAACAACUAAUCAAAUUUCUGACUGGUGGUGACAUGAAACCAGAUGAUAUAGCUCAUCGACUUCAGAUUUUAAACGAUGAAUCAUUAUCAAGAUCAAUUCUACAUUUUGAUAUUGAACAUGUUGAGAAUGGAUAUGAUCUCAAUGAAUUAUUAUAUUGUCUCACGCUUUUUCGCACUUUCCGUUUUGGUCAAUCGGCUGUACAUAUACCAGCAGAAACUUUAAUAUAUAUUGAACUUGCUUCAUCUCCUUAUAUUAAAAUGAGCCAACGUCUGCUAUUACGUCAAUAUCUUACGCUUGUUUAUCCUAAUGAAUUGAACUGGGAUGAACUCGAUUGUAACAGUACAACUAUUCAAUUUGUCGCCAAAUAUCUAAAUGCGAUUGACACACAUACAAUCAUAAAAGGAAAUAUUAGAUUAGACGAUAAAAAGUGA